ACAAGCUCUCCACUUUUACCCAAACACACACAAACAUCUACUGCUAAACUAAACCACCAUGGGCAACCUCCGGUUCCGGUUAUCGGACAUGAUGCCCAACGCUUGGUUCUACAAGCUCAAAGACAUGAGCAGCGGCGGAGCCACUUCCCACAAGCGCGGCAACGGCAAGAAGUUACACCCGGCAACGCCUCCUCCUUCACAGCCUUGCAAACCAAAGCAACCCCACCACCACCAACAACACUCCUACUCCAGAAAGUCUUACUACUUUACCAGAGACCUUAGCUCCGGUAACCCCAACCACAGUGAUAACACACUCCCCAAUUCCCCCUCUAAACUCUCCGAUCACCCUCCUACUCCUAGAAAGUCUUCGAAGCGAAGAGCCGCCAAGAGAAGGUCUACUUCUUCUGCUGCUGCUGCCAGGUCAUCAUCUUCGAAGCUCGUUUCCUCCUCCGUUUCCGCUGGUUGCAGCUGCCGAGCAAAUUGGACUAAAACGGAUUCCCUAGCGGCGGUGGCGGCCGCGGUUCCAGGGGAUCGCUCUGCUUCGCUGUCUGAUUCCAAUUCAGACUCGUUCCCGCCGGAAUUCAGGUCUGAUUGUUCACUCACUACAGAGUCGUUUGAUAAGAUGGUGUCAUGGUCCAGCAACUCCUGCGGCUGCCCGCUGGACCUGGCUGAUUCCGGCUCCAACGACAUUAUCAUCGACAUCGAUAAGCGCUCUCUCGUCGACCCUGCAUACCAAGUGUUUGAAAAACUGCCUGGCCGACAACUCCCUCCGAUUUUAACCAAGCCUUCAAGCUUCGACGACAGGAUUGAGGAUAUCAAGAGGAAGGAGACCAGAGAAGUAGUACCCUCCGCAACGAAACAGAGGAGGACCCCGCCUUCGUCGAAGAAAAUGGAAGGCUCCAAAACUCGGGCUUCCUCGCUCUCUGUCAAGGUCACAAGAGAAGAGAGCUUAACAGUGAAACAACAAGGGAGGAAGCUGAAUUCCGCAAAUUCCCCAGGUAUAAAGCUUCGGGUCAACUCUCCGCGAAUCGGGUACAGGAGAAACAUUCAAGGGCAGGGCAGGAAGAGCGUCUCUUCAUCAACCUCGACUUCUUCUUCUUCAAGGUCGUCUUCGAGCAAGAAGAGCCUUUCCGGGUGCUUGGCGGUGGUGAAAUCAUCGUUCGAUCCACAGACCGAUUUCAGAGAGUCGAUGGUGGAGAUGAUCGUGGAGAACAAACUCAGCGCGUCCAAAGAUUUGGAAGACUUACUGGCUUGCUACCUGUCCUUGAACUCCGAUGAGUACCAUGAGGUUAUCAUCAAAGUUUUCAAACAAAUUUGGUUCGACUAUCUAACCAAUGCUCGCUCCAAGUGAUCAUUUUUAGUGUAAUAAUUAUCAUUACUAUCAUUACUAUGAAUUCAAAAAAUUGUACAUUCCCCUGUUCCAGAAUCUCUCUGUUUCCUCCUGCCCAUUAAUUUCUCCAAUUCUCAUGAGUGUUUGAAAAGUUUUGAAUUAACGAAAGUGGGUUGGACUAGACUGGACUGUCAGAAGAAGGAAGAAAAAAACAUUCUGACUUUGUUAUUCAACACCAAAAGAAGAUACCCUUUAAGGACAAGCUCUCUGAGAUUUGUGUCUGUACUAGUUUUCCUCCAUAUCUGAAAGUCCGAGUCUCUGGGUAGGCUAUAGAUGCAGCAGCAGCAGCAGCUUUAGUAGUACCAUGCCUCUCUUCUGGAUUGGAAAAAAGAGAAGAAAGAAAGCUUUAACAAUUGG